AUGCUCGCACCUUCACACAUAUCAUGGUUUUUCAGACAGCCAGAAGACGUCCUCACCAACAAAGUCGUCCAGGCUAGCUUUCUGGGUGUGCCAUACGUCAUGUCCGACCACCUCUUCGAGAAUCCGCUGCAUAACGACAUUAUCAGGAAAGACUUGACACGUAACCUCGAGAGCCUUACACCGGACAUCAUUGAAGAGAUCAACACUAGCCUCGAUAAGGUCUGGGGUACGGACACCGAGAUAUGGAAAGAGGUCAAGGUGCUCGAAACCAUGCAGGGGCUUGCAGUUAGGACGGCAAGCCGGGCUCUGGUUGGUAAGCCCCUUUGCCGGAAUGAAGCGUACCUCAAGAACGCCAUCUAUCAUGCCAUGGGCAUAGCUCUGGGUAGCCUCGUCUGCAAUUUGCUCCUCCUCAAAGCACCACAAAUCAAGCAGCACAUGGAGGCCAUCAAGAACGGACCAUCCAAUGCCUCCAAUCCAGAGAAGGGUGGCUCCUAUAGUACUCUGGAGAACAUCGUCAGAGCAGCUCUGAAGCACCCGGAUCCUCGCGAAAGGAGCCCAUGGGCUAUUACGGAACGCGUCAACCUCCUGAAUUUCGCCGCUAUCCACACCUCCACAUUCACCCUCACCAAUCUCCUUUUCGACUUACUCAGCAGCCCCCCAGAGAAGCAGUACGUCGAGCGCAUCCGCGAUGAAGCGGCGACAAUCCUCCAAGAGAGUAACGGUGCCUGGACCCGGUCUGCGGUUGCCCGACUCUAUCUUGCCGACUCCACUAUCCGUGAAAGCAUGAGAUGCAGCACCAUUGGGGGCCGCGGUGCCGUACACGAGGUCAUGCCGAAGGAAGGCCUUACUCUACCGGACGGCCAAUUUGUGCCGCAGGGAGCCUAUGUGGGGCUGCCGUUUAUCCCAAUCCAUCGGGAUGAAGAGUUCUAUCCGAGGCCCGACGAGUUCAGCCCUGAGAGGUUCUUAGAGCGCAAGCAGUGUAUAGCAAUGUUAGAUUCGGAAAAGGACGGUGCGGACAGGGUGGACGAAAAGUCGGUGUCGAAAAAACAGGCGCUGGCGACGACAAGUGAGACUUUCCUAGCGUUCUCGCAUGGGAGGCAUGCUUGUCCAGGCCGGUUCUUCGCUGCCCAUGUGCUGAAGUUGACCCUCGCGGAAAUGCUGCUGAGGUACGAUAUCCAGCACUUGCCGGAGCGGCCAUCUGAACCCAUCCCGGGCCAAGCAUCUCAGCCUGGCUCUUCAAGCCUUGGUCUACCGCGACAGUCAAGACUCACAAAGUCAGCGCUGACUCCUCCGUUUCGCGAACGGGCGUCCAGAACCCAACGCAGCGUCAGUGAUAGCCCGCAAACAGCAUUCCCUACUUGGGUAGAUGUAGAUAAGGACGAACCACGUCGUAGCCGGGCCACAGGGGCCGGCAACCGUCGCUCCUCUUCUGAUAGCAGUGGUAUUGGUGCUACUGCAACGAUCAGGAGGUCAUCGGCACCAGAGUUGGGCUCGACUGGGAAAGAGACGAGCGGCUUCUUCCCUAAGCUCAGUAGGAUACUGGAAGGCAAGGAGAAUGACCGACCUCAAGACCGAUCUCAGCAUCCGAAAGAGCAUGGACAGAGCAUGAAAGAGCUAGUACCGUAUGUGGGCCGACGCAGCUCUCAAAGGGACGAAGUGGAGAUCCUCCAUCGACGUGCCCUCCGGCCAAAGCACGACGGGGUACAGCGGAAGGUCGACAGCCUAGCUAACAUUACCAAUCCGUCUCUACUCUCUGUACUCUCAAGCUUCACCAAUACCUCCGGUACGUCGAGCGGCAGCAACUCAACCAUAACACAGAAGUCGUAUGAUCGAGCCGGCAUCUCGAAACGCAAGCGACACAGAGACCGCAGCAGGCGGGUCGAGUCUGAAAGAUCUUCGGUGAGAGGACAACGAAAACAAAGCCGCUCAGAUACAUUAGACCUGUUUGGGUUUCUGGGACGAGAUAGCGAGCCCAUGGCGUCGCUUUCACCUCACACCUGCCAUACCAGUCCUGCAUCGUUGCUAGACGGUCGAGAAUUUCCCAACGACGCUGGCACCGCGAUAGAUGAUUGUCGCCCACGACGUGCCUCGACAUCUUCAGCUUCUACGAAGGAAGGUGCUACAGAAAGGUCAUGGCCGCAGCAAGAGCAAAUCCACUCGGAUUCUGGCAUAUCCAUAGGCGGCAGUAGUCCUGAUCAACGCAUCAAACAGUCCCCAAUCAAUCAGGUCCCUUCAGACACUCACUCAGACGGUUCCGAUGAUGACUCUGAACAUUCGGAUGAGAAACAAGAGUCCCCUCUGGAAACCUCUAUUCAAAAGAAAGCACUCGCCAUAUCCGGCGCCUCGACACAUGAAGCACAACCGGCUCCACACGACGACCAUCUUUACCACAGACUGCAGAGUCAAGAGGAAGAGUUACGCCAACACAUAUCAGGAAGUCCUUACCCUGGAAUCAACCACCAAGCAUACCACUAUUCUGCCCAGGAAUCACCUCGUGUCCCCCUGCACCAUCCUCAACCUCAGCAUUCUGUGCCGCAAGCUCACUUCCAUCCACCCCCAUCUGCACCUCCAUUCCCCUAUGAAACACCUGCGUACCACCAAGCACAAUUCCUCCCGUAUGCCUACAUGCAGCCGGCUAAUCCGCAAUACAUGGUCAACGUGAGGGGUCCAGACCUUACCCGGACAACAAUAUCCGGCUACGAGAUGCUCGCUUCACGACUAUCGCAGCAGCCCUCACCAGAGCAAGGUAAGACCGAGAAACACGUCAUUCCGAUGUACCGUCGAUUUGACGGACUCAACCAUCGCAUACUCCUGCAUCUCCAAGAUGAGAUCGCAGAGAUGGAGGAAGAGCUGCGCCUGUUGGAUGAGUGUGUUGUGCAAAUGGAUCAAAUGGGGUCUGAUUGCGAUGCACGCCCGGCAUCCCGUCGUGCUGACGCUCGCUAUGGCGGCGAGGUUCAUUACAGACGGACGGAAUUGCUUGGGAAGAUAUUUGUGAAGCUUGGCCAGUACACUCAAGCGCUCUCUUCAUAUGGAGGCAUGAUCAACGCUUUCGAGUCAGCCCAAACGGACAAAAUUCGUGAUUAUCGGAGCUGGAUGGAAAAGCACAUGCCAAUCGACAAAUCAGAAGCACGCUUCUUGAGCCACGAGAGCGAUCUGCUAGCUGUUACUUCCCAACGAACGACAAAGAAUGGUUCUGAUGUCAAUCAAUGUUCCGCUCUCGGUGUUCUCUUUGCCCUGCUCCUUCCGCUUGUCGCUUUUAUCGUCGUGUCUGGUGCCCUUGGACGAUUGUUCGUUGCAAUCAUUAUCGGAAUGGCUGAGGCGGCUGUGGUCGUCUACAUGGAUCUUACCUCACUCAUGCCGGCCCAGGAGUGGAUUACAUGCGCUGCUGUGUAUUUUGCGUUUGUGGCUCUUGUCGCUGGCGUCGCUGGAUGA